AAUCAAUCUUAUUAUUCACACCAAAACAAUCCUAUUUUCUCUCUCCUCUUACAAUAAUCAUCUCUAAAUUUCCCCCUUUUCUCCCAAAACACAACCAGCCUCAUUUCUGAGAUUUGAGUAAAACCAAAGAUUUUACCGUAGAAUUAAUGCGGAAAUAUGAGAGGGUUAUCGCUCUUUAAUCCAUUCGUAAGUGGUGGAAUUGCACAAAAGAAUCAUCAUGAUCUUGGAGGCCGGAAUUGGCACCGUAAACACGUUGAAGACGGGUAGUUUGUUCUUUCUUUGAAAUUUUCUUGUGAAUUCUCAAAUCUCUUCCUCCUUGUAGAUAUAGUUAGGGUUAUUAUAUAAAAUUCAUUCAGGUAGAUACUUUUCUAGAGAAGUGUUAAUUUUCCCAAGAUGAUGGGGGAAUUGAUGCUAGCGGUUAAGGAUAAGAAGGUGGUGGGAUCAAACGAUGAUGCACAAUCCCAACUAAAAUACUGCAAGUUGGUGAUGCAGGGGAAGUACGAACUGGGGAGGGUUUUGGGUCAAGGUACGUUUGCGCGUGUGUACUAUGCGCGCAACGUGGAGUCGGGAAAGAGCGUAGCGAUGAAGGUGGUGGGGAAGGAGAAAGUUGUGAGAGCCAAAAUGAUGGAUCAGAUGAAGAGAGAGAUUAGUGUGAUGAAGAGGUUGAAACACCCUAAUAUUGUCGAGCUCUACGAAGUUAUGGCUACGAAAUCCAAGAUUUUCUUAGCUAUGGAGCUCGUCCGUGGGGGUGAGCUUCACGCUAAGGUUUCCAAGGAGGGUAAGCUAGAGGAGCAGGUUGCUAGGUCCUAUUUCAGACAGUUGAUUUCCGCUGUCGAUUAUUGUCAUAGUCGCGGUGUUUUCCACCGUGACUUGAAGCUGGAGAAUCUCUUGUUGGAUCAAGAGGGGAAAAUCAAGAUUACUGAUUUCGGCUUGAGUGCCAUCUUCGAGGAGGAGGAGGGCAACAGCGUGUUAUUGCGCACCAGCUGCGGGACGCCACACUACGUGGCGCCCGAAGUGGUGAACAAGAGAGGUCAGGGAUAUGAUGGUUCUAAGGCGGAUAUUUGGUCAUUGGGGGUUAUAUUGUAUGUUCUUCUUGCUGGUUACCUGCCUUUCCAUGAUGAGAAUAUUGUGCAGCUGUAUAAGAAGGUGUACAAGGCUGACUUUACCUGCCCCUCAUGGUUCUCUGCCGAGGCUAGAGAGUUGAUUACUCGAAUGCUUGAUCCAAAUCCAUCAAGCCGGAUCACAUUGGCUGAGAUUAUGGAAUCAAGAUGGUACAAGGACGACAAUUCAGUCGAUGUUGGUGAUCAAGAGGAGGAAUAUAGCUAUAAUUUCCUGAAGAAGGAAGUAGAGGCAUUGAACGCAUUCCAUAUAAUAUCAAUGUCGGAAGGAUUAGACCUUUCUCGGCUCUUUAACGAAGAGAAGAAGAAGAGAGAGGAUAGGGAGGAGAUUGGAUUUUCGACAACAUUGUCCGAAAAUGAGGUAAUAUUAAGGUUGGAAGAAGUGGCAGAUAUGACUGGUAAGUUUAAGGUGAGCAAGGUAGGCGACUCAGUGGUGAGGCUGCAAGGGCAGGAAAAGGGGAGGAAAGGUAGGCUGGUGAUCAUAAUUGAGCUGUUUACGGUGUCGUCCUCCUUCCUCAUGGUGGAGGUUAAGAAGGAUAACGGUGACACGCUCGAAUUCAACCGGUUUUGCCAGAACCACCUCCGCCCUGCUCUUAUCGAUGUCGUCUGGACUACCGCCUCUGAUCACACCACACCUGUCCCUGAUUACACCAUUCCGCCCACUGAAUACACCAUGCCGGUCACUGAUUACACAAUAUCAGUUACUGAUUACACCACACCUGCUGCAUACCCUGUUGUGUCCUACUGAAAAUUUUGUUAACACCUUUAGGAUUUAGAGUUUGAUCAUAUGAUUUCUAUAUAUCCUUUGUGCUGUUUUCUCUCUUGUGCUAUGGAUUAUUUAUUCUUUUUUCAUGUUA